AAAUAUUGAACGAAUGCGUGAAUAUUGUUCGGAUAAUAUUGAAUUACAUGCGCUGAGGACGAUUUGGCUCUACGACGAAGCGGUUCAUGAAAUUUAACGUUUGUAGCGGUUUUUGUGCGAAGCGAUGUUGGUUGCCUAAUUUCCAAUUGGAUUUCGCAUUAAUUUGGGUUUAGGAUUCGUACGUAUUCCAGUCCGGAGAUCCAGUAGGCUUCCAGAGCAGAUUCGUAGCGACAAGAUGUUCCAUCUGAAGUCGAUCCCGAGGGCUUUGAAGGCCACCGCCGCCGGCGGAGAGGCCCUGCUGAAGAGCCUGCCCGCUGCCUCGGUGGCAGCGCGCGGGUACGCCGAUCACCAGAUCCCCGAUCGCCUGAAGAACAUGCCCGAGCACGAGAACCCCAAGUUCUUCGACAUGGUCGAGUACUUCUUCCACAAGGCCUGCAUCGCCGUCGAGGACAAGCUCGUCGAUGACCUGCAGUACGUUAAGGGUUCGAGGCUCACCCUCGAGCAGCGCAAGGCCAAGGUCAAGGGCAUCCUGCAACUCAUGGAACAGUGCGACUACGUCAUCGAGAUCGCCUUCCCCAUCCGCAGGGAUAACGGACAGUACGAGAUCAUCAAGGGAUACAGGGCGCAGCACAGCACCCACAAGCAGCCAUGCAAGGGAGGUAUUCGUUUCUCCAUGGAUGUGUGCAGGGAUGAAGUUAAGGCUCUUUCCGCCCUGAUGACAUACAAGUGUGCCUGCGUUGAUGUGCCAUUCGGUGGCGGCAAGGCUGGUAUCAAGAUCAACCCCAAGUUGUACAGCGAGCACGAGCUCGAGAAGAUCACCCGUCGUUUUACCCUCGAGUUGGCCAAGAAGGGCUUCAUCGGGCCCGGCAUCGACGUGCCAGCCCCAGACAUGGGUACCGGCGAGAGGGAGAUGUCCUGGAUUGCCGACACCUACGGCAAGACCAUCGGCUACAACGACAUCAACUCCCACGCCUGCGUCACCGGUAAACCGAUCAACCAGGGCGGUAUCCACGGUAGGAUCUCCGCCACCGGUCGCGGUGUCUUCCACGGUCUUGACAACUUCAUCAAGGAGCCAAGCUACAUGAGCAUGGUCGGCACGACGCCCGGCUGGCAAGGAAAGACCGUCAUCAUCCAAGGUUUCGGUAACGUCGGUCUGCACACCAUGAGGUACUUGCACAGGGCCGGAGCCAAGGUCAUCGGUAUCAUCGAAUACGAUGGUUCCAUCCACAACCCAGACGGUAUCAACCCCAAGGACCUCGAAGAGUACAAGAUGCAGAACAAGGGCAGCAUCGUCGGAUUCCCCGGCGCCAAGGCCUACGCCGGCGAGAACCUCAUGUUCGAAGCUUGCGACAUCUUCGUCCCGGCCGCCGUCGAGCAGGUCAUCCACAAGGGCAACGCCCACAAGAUCCAAGCCAAGAUCAUCGCCGAGGCCGCCAACGGCCCGACCACCCCCGCUGCCGAUCUUAUCCUCCAGGAGAGGAAGAUCCUCGCCAUCCCCGACUUGUACAUCAACGCCGGUGGUGUGACCGUAUCCUUCUUCGAAUGGCUCAAGAACUUGAACCACGUCUCGUACGGUCGUCUCACCUUCAAGUACGAACGCGAAUCCAACUACCAUCUUUUGCAAUCCGUGCAAGAAUCGCUCGAGAGGCGUUUCGGCAAGGUCGGCGGUCCCAUCCCCGUGACCCCGUCCGAGGCCUUCCAGAAGAAGAUCGCCGGUGCCUCCGAGAAGGACAUCGUCCACUCCGGUCUGGACUACACCAUGGAGCGUUCCGCCAAGGCUCUCAUGAAGACCGCCCAACAACUCAACUUGGGUCUCGACCUGAGAACCGCCGGAUACGUCAACUCCGUUGAGAAGAUCUUCAACAACUACUCCAUGGCCGGUUUAACUUUCUAAGUCCAAACCCCAAUCCAACAACAACAAUAACAACAACUAAACCAACCAAAACCAAGAGAUAGAACCCACGGAAAAGAAUAAUACCUUUAAUUAAAAGUAAUCUUUAAUUUUCCAUUUGCAUUAUAUAAAUUAUACAGUAUUUUACGCGCGCGCACCGAUCCGACCCGACAUCUCUCGAUUGUGCGUGCGAUUGUGGGACGUGCAUGGAUUUUUAAUUUCGAUUAGUUGAUUAAUUAAUUAUAUUAUUACUUUUUCCCCCUGUUCUCCGUCUUUGCUAAUCUUAUUUUAGUUCUUUCUAUGUUGUAAUUUGAAUGGUCGUAUGUAACAUUUUUACCAUGAUAUUAUUAUUAUUAUCAUGAUGAUAUUAAACAAAAUGAGAAAAGAAA